GUUGAUUGACAGUCUACGCUUGCACACCUCGAUAUAACCCGCCUUUAUAUACAGCAGAUGCAAUGUAGAUAGCCGCCAUGUUACUCUGCUCUUCCCCCAUACAACUUCCACGCCAUGGCUCUCGUGCCCACAGGUGCCCCCCGUGAUGCCGCGAUCACAAUCGGUCCUUUUAAGCCAUCGCGCCCAGGCUAUGGUCCCGUACUUUCCUAUCUGCAAGCUGCUCAGCUUCCAACUCCUCUCAAGAUACAUCCUCUUUUGCAGUUACGAACUUGGGAUCCGAAACCCUAUGCAAAGUAUCUCACGUGGAAUACGAUUGAGCACCCCAUGUUUGCGGCCAUUUGGGUUGAUUAUGACGAUACCGAAACUGUAUGGAUAAAAGAGAGAGGGCAGCCAGCUACGUCUCCUAUCGUUGAAGAACUAAACCUGGGUCAUGUAGAGACAGGAUGGUCCAUUCGCGUCAGGAAUAGAAUGGGAAUAACCUGUGAAGAUGUUCUAUUUGCUAUAUAUGAUUUUUUUGCUUCGCCGCUCUAUGUCGACGAACUAGGUGAAAUGCACCCUCGAGCAGUCAGAAUCAUGGAACAGCAAUACUUUGAAAAGCGCAGAAUGGGUUUCUUUGACCUGAUGGAGGGCUAUCGAAAAUCGGACGCUCUUCUUGGCGCGACCUACUUUGAUGGCAUCCACAAUGACCCGGAAAGCGUCGAGCGACUGAAAGUUAAAUACAACUAUCAUUCUUCCAACCUGCUUCUGCUUCGUUUAGGAAACUGCUAGGUCGCCAAUCACAGCAGCAACGACGGAGGGCUGGUCAUUCGUCUGUCGCAUAGAUCAAUCGUUUAAAUAUGUGGGGGAGACCAAUGCCCUUAUGGCAUUGAUGGUGCUGUUGGAUGUUGACAUACAUAGACAGUGAUUCCCGUAUAUAUCAUAUUAUUCCAUAACUGAAUUGCCUUGAUGCUGUUUGUCGUCUGUCGUCUAACGAAAUGAGUAGGGCCAUAUUUUAGGGGUUACAUGUUUGUCUUGGGGACGGUCUCCAAGCGUCUUUGAGAGUCUAUUUCUAGCAUUCAUAAGACCAUAGCACAAAUGAAGGACAGGGCAGAUACUAGCCUUUAGAAGCUAAAGAAGACAACGAAUACACAUCGAAUUGCAAGUGAAUGUUAGAUAGGAAUUGCUAAGCUGAAUAUGCAAAUUCUGCAAACGUAAA